CUUCCGGAGGAAAAAUACCGGUAAACCGUCGGAGUCAUCGAGCCUUCUCUUCUUCCACGUUGCGGCUCUUCCUCAUCCAUGGAGGAUCCCGAACUGUGACGCCACACAGCACCAGAAGCAAGAGCAAAUCCAAAAAUGACGCCAUGCGAGACCUGCUGCCACUCCGCUUCACCCUCCACGCCCACCCUCGUCCCGGACCCGCACCACUACCUCGCCCUGCUGGACAAGCGCUGCGCCACCAUGAGGGACCUCCGGAUCCUCCACGCUCAGCUCGUCAAGACCGGCCUCUCGCGCCGCGCCCUCCCCGCGAGCCGUGCGCUGGCCUUCUGCGCCUCCCCGUCCGGCGACAUCGACUACGCCUGGAGGCUCUUCAGCCGGACCCGAAGGCCCAAUCUCUUCAUUUGGAACACCAUGAUCAGAGGGCUUUCCCGGAGCUCGACCCCGGAAGAUGCCAUCUCUCUGUUCAUCGACAUGCUCGUGGGUUCGCCAAUCGAGCCGCAGAGGCUGACUUAUCCUUCGGUUUUCAAGGCUUACUCUCAGCUGGGGUUGGCUCGCUCGGGAGCUCAGCUGCACGGGAGGAUUGUGAAGCUGGGUCUGCAAGACGAUCCGUUUAUACGGAACACCGUCAUUCACAUGUACGCCCAUUGUGGGUUCUUGGAAGAAGCGCGACUGGUGUUUGAUGGAAGUUCGGAUUGUGACGUGGUUGCUUGGAAUUCUAUGAUCAUGGGCCUCGCCAAGUGUGGGGAAAUCGAUGAGGCUCGGAGGUUGUUUGACCAGGCACCGCUGAGGAAUGCGAUUACUUGGAGUUCGAUGGCUAGUGGCUAUGUUAGAAAUGGGAGGUUUGUGGAUGCAAUGAAGCUGUUCGAGGAAAUGCAGGGGAGAGGAAUUGAGCCGAACGAGUUUACAUUGGUUAGUGUGUUAAAUGCUUCUGCCCACUUAGGAGCUCUGAAACAAGGGCAGUGGGUUCACGAGUACAUAAAGAAAAGUGGGACUCAGCUAAAUGCAAUUGUUACCACCGCAAUAAUAGACAUGUAUUGCAGGUGUGGGAGCAUUGGGACGGCAUAUCAAGUGUUUCGGGCAGCAACUAAGAGAGGACUGUCAUGUUGGAAUUCCAUGAUCUUAGGACUCGCGAGGAAUGGUUAUGCAGAAGAAGCAAUUAGCUUGUUCUCUCAGCUCGAGUCAUCCGAUUUUAAGCCAGACGAAGUCAGUUUCCUUGGUGUUCUAACAGCGUGUAAUCAUGCUGGAUUUAUAGAUGAAGCCACAAAGUAUUUACUGCUUAUGAUGGAAAGACCUGAGGUUAAACCGUCAAUAAAGCAUUAUAGUUGCAUGGUUGAUCUGCUGGGACGUGCCGGUUUCCUCGAAGAAGCAGAAGAGCUGAUAAGAAGCAUGCCUAUGGACCUGGAUGCUAUUAUAUGGGGUUCUUUGUUAUCAGGCGGUGCGAAUCAUCGAAAGGCUGAUGUGGCCGAGCGGGCAGCAAAAAAUAUGAUCGAGCUGGACCCCAACGAGAGCUGUGCUUAUGUACUCAUGUCCAAUGUUCUAGCUGGCUCAAAUCAGCAUGAAGAAGCCCUGGAACCAAGGUUUUCCAUGAAGACGAGGAAGAUAGAGAAAGAACCAGGAGCUAGUUUGAUUGAAGUUGAUGGGGAAGUUCAUGAAUUUGUAGCCGGUGGAAGACUACAUCCAAGAGUUGAAGAGAUCUACUGCUUGUUAGAUGAAUUAAGACUGAUAUUGCAAGAUGUUGGAUGAUUCCAUAAUUAAUAGGCUUAAUGAUGUAAGAGGUUCUCAGGGAAGUUACGCCACAUGAAGAGGAAGAUGUUUAUAUAUGUCUAGCAUAAGCAGGAUUCCUGAUUCCUGAUCUACAAGAAGUGGACAGCAUCAGUGUCCUGGAUCGAAUUUUACAUGAUUAAUGUCAUAAGCUGGAACUUCUAUUAAUUUAUAGCAACAGGAACUAGAAGUCGCGGCAAUUCAACCAAGCAGCGGAGAAGCCGUUUGCAAAAUCUUUAUCGGGUUAAAAAUUGUGACGGAAGCUUCACUAGGAGACCUCAGCCACACAUUGAGAGUGCCCUUCAACGUACUCCAACCGGCACCUUUGGUCUUGUACAGAUAAUUUCCCUAGAUGAGACACAGCAUACAUCAUUGAAGUCCCUGAUGCUGUGACCCUCACCUUCCUUAAUAUGGACCGAUUAAAGACGAGGAUACAUAUUUGGCACUCACCUGUCAGUCACCAUGAAAUUGCAAUAUGCCUGCAGAGGAGACUGGUCUUUGGGCAUAGAUGCGGUAGUUCAUAGAAGAUAAGCCGGCAACAAUACCUACACAGAGUUGCCUUCUGCGUGUUCCCACAACUCUAAAGAAUGGAUAACAAAACGGAAAUGCUAUUUUUGCUUAUGAGACCAACUACCUUAAGCUGGCUCGGAUUCUAAGAGGGUCUUGUUCAGAUCUUGACUUGUGUUUGUGGGCACCUAAAUAAACUCACGAGUCAACAAUGUUUUUCUCCUGAAGUCUAUGUAGCACAACCGGUGACGGUGAUUCUAGGAACACGAAAAGUAGAAUCAGGAACGACUUGCCUUGGGCCACCAAUUGCACUUUGGGUUUAGUGGGCUGCCAUACCCACGAUCUACGCCCAAGUCCCUGAAAUAUUGAAUUGCAAGACAAUUGUUUCUUUGCAUACUUCACGAUUUAAUUUUUUUUUUGGUCAUGCUUCAUAAUUUAAUUAAAUACUCUUAUCCCCAUUUUAUAUUGAAUUGAUUA